AUGGCUGGAUUGCGUGAGAUGGCGAUAUUCUACUCACAAGAGCGCAGCUUCUUCCACAGGCUGGUGCGCGACCUCGGGCAGGAGAAGGAGCAUAUGAGGUGGGUGAUCGCGCUCUGGCUCUGGUUCGAGGCCGAUGGGAACGACAAGUUCAUGCGCCGCGCGGCCGCGCUUCCGGGCCCCGUCGUGCUGCGCUUCGUCGACGAGGCGCUGGCGUGCCUCGCCCGCCUCGCCGGCCGCGUGCUCCCCGGCGCCAGCACCCUCCUCCCCUGCACCAACGCGCUCCUCAACAAGCCCAUCGACGACGUCACCUACUUCGACGAGCACCGCGACAACAUCAUGCCCCGCGUCAAGUUACUGUACAAGACCGUCUGCCGCGUCGUCCUCGACGACGCCUGCGCCUCCGACGACGCCGUCUUCUUUCCCAGGAGCAGCGCCGCCUCCGCGCCGCGCGCCAUCGGCACUCCCGUGCUCGCCAGCGCCGUCUCCCCACCCCCCCAGACGCCAACGACGCCGAGGUUCGCCGACCUGAACGCAAUAGUGACGCCGAGGUUCUCCCAGCUGAACGCGAUGGCGCCGCCGUGGGCCCCGAUCCGGCUGGCGCAGCCGUACCAGCCCCAGCCCCAGCCCCAGCCCCCACCCCAGCAUCAGCACCAGCAGCAUCAGAUGAUGAUCAUCGACCGCCUUCCAGAGGAGUUCCGCUCGCUCUUCAUCACCUUCUCCCGCGGCUACCCCAUCGACAAGGACGACAUCAGGGACUUCUUCAACUCGCUGCACGGGCGCCCGUGCGUGGAGGACGUGAUGGUGGAGAGGGCGGCGCCGGGGCAGAUGCCGGUGUACGGGAGGGUGGUGCUGCAGAGCGCGGACAUGAUCCCGGCGCUGCUCGGGGGCGAGCCGACGGCCAAGUUCAUCAUCAAGGGCAGGCACCUCUGGGCCAGGGUCUACGUGCCCUGCUCCAGGAACACCUUCCAAGCCUGA